UUCUCUGAUCCUUCUAAGGGGUCCUUGGCUCCAGAGUCCAGCCAUCCCAGCUCAGCUUAGCACCUCCUCACAGCCACAGAAGCCACCUCCAAGAUCCCUGCACUGAUCAUGCUUUCUGUGUUUGGACUUCUAAUGCCCAUCUCGGCCACAGAGCUUCUCCUGGCCUCUGUCAUCUUUUGCCUGGUGUUUUGGGUGGUCAGUGCCUCAAAGUCUCAGGUCCCCAAAGGCCUGAAGAGCCCUCCAGGGCCAUGGGGCUGGCCCCUGAUCGGGCACGUGCUGACCCUGGGGAAGAACCCACACCUGGCAUUGUCUAAGAUGAGCCAGCAGUAUGGGGACGUGCUACAGAUCCGCAUUGGCUCCACGCCUGUGCUGGUGCUGAGUGGCCUGGACACCAUCCGGCAGGCCCUGGUGCGGCAGGGAGAUGAUUUCAAGGGCCGGCCCGACUUCUACAGCUUCACCCUCAUCACUGAGGGCCAGAGCAUGACCUUCAGCCCAGACUCUGGACCAGUGUGGGCUGCCCGCCGGCGCCUAGCCCAGAAUGGCCUGAAGACUUUCUCAAUUGCCUCGGACCCAGCUUCUUCAUCCUCCUGCUACCUGGAGGAACAUGUGAGCAAGGAGGCUAAAGCCCUAAUCAGCAAGUUUCAGGAGUUGAUGGCAGGGGCUGGGCACUUUGACCCCUACAAGUAUGUGGUAGUGUCUGUGGCCAAUGUUAUCUGUGCUAUAUGCUUUGGCCAGCGCUAUGACCAUAACAACCAAGAACUGCUCAGCAUAGUCAACCUGAAUAAUGAGUUUGGGGAGGUGGUGGCCUCUGGAAACCCAGCUGACUUCAUCCCCAUCCUCCGCUACCUGCCCAACCCUGCCCUGGAUGCAUUCAAGGACCUGAACAAGAAGUUCUGCAGCUUCAUGAAGAAGAUGGUCAAGGAGCACUACAAAACGUUUGAGAAGGGCCAUAUCCGCGACAUCACAGACAGCCUGAUUGAGCACUGUCAGGACAAGAAGCUGGAUGAGAAUGCCAACAUCCAGCUAUCAGAUGAGAAGAUCGUUAAUGUUGUCUCAGAUAUCUUUGGAGCUGGAUUUGACACAGUCACAACUGCCAUCUCCUGGAGUCUUAUGUACUUGGUGACGAACCCCAAGAUACAGAAAAAGAUCCAGAAGGAACUAGACACAGUAAUUGGCAGGGCACGGCGGCCCCGGCUGUCUGACAGAUCCCAGCUGCCCUAUUUGGAGGCCUUCAUCUUGGAGACCUUCCGACACUCCUCCUUCGUUCCCUUCACCAUUCCCCAUAGCACCACCAGAAACACGAGUAUCAAUGGCUUUUAUAUCCCCAAGGGGCAUUGUGUCUUUGUGAACCAGUGGCAGAUCAACCAUGACCAGAAGCUGUGGGGUGACCCAUUCGAGUUCCGGCCCACACGGUUUCUCACCCCUGAUGGCAUUAUCAACAAGGCACUAAGUGAGAAGGUGAUUCUUUUUGGCUUGGGCAAGCGGAAGUGCAUUGGGGAGACCAUUGCCCGCUUGGAAGUCUUUCUUUUCUUGGCCAUCCUGCUGCAGCAGGUGGAAUUCAGUGUGCUGCCAGGUGUGAAGGUGGACAUGACCCCUAUUUAUGGACUGAGCAUGAAGCAUGCCCAUUGUGAGCACUUCCAAGUGCAGAUGCGGUAUUAGGGGCCUGAGAACACUGUCUUGAAGCCUAGACUCUGUCUACCUGGCCUAUCUAGGGAAUCAUGCCUGCCCCUAACCUGGACUAGCCCCUCUCCAUGUUGGCCACAGACGGUAGACACAGCAGGCAAUACAGGAGCCAAUAGAGCCUUCGGAAGUUGUGCUCGAGCUGGGAGGCCUGGUAGGGUUAAGGAGGCUCUAAGGCCUCUGAGAUCUGAAGAGCUCUCUGGAAGUCCCUGGACUCAGCAGCUGGCUGGCUUUAUGAGGAUGCUGACUAAUGUGAGCAACAGCUAGAAGAGGCCAUGCGAGGACCUGUCCAAUCUCUUUGACAAUUGGGAGCUACCAUGAGUGAAGAGAAAAGACAACUCAGACUCUGGCACAGAGUUGGCCUCACUGCUUAGACAAUGCUGAGCAAUCUGAUCCCAGAGUCUGGGAUAUUGUGCCUGGGGGAAUAGUCUUCUUCUGCCUUCCCUGAAGCCAGGAACAAGCAAGGCUGCCUUUUAGCCUUUUAAGGCCCUCGUUCCUCUCCAGGAAGUCUGAGGACUUAUGUCUUAAGAGGAGCAGAGAGCAGAAGGUGUGCACAUAUCUGGGCACCAGGAUGAGGGCUGGAGUGAGGGGGUGGCAUUUCAAUCACCUCCUUCUGGUUUCUCUUUUCUAAAACCUGUAUUAGUAUGUCUGUUCUUAAUGUUUGUACACACCAGCCUUUUAUUCUAGUCUGCAUUGUGCUUGCAUGUUUGUGUUUAUCAUACAUAAGACCUUAACAACCAUUGAUUUAAUGCAACAGAGAAAAUUUUAACCUAAGUAUCCAAAAAUGUGUAGGAACAUUUACCUAAGCUAAAUAAAGGUAU